AUGACACCACCACUUCCUGGCUAUUUGGGAUGUUUUGGUGACAAUCGAGUUCGCGCCCUAUCGGUUGGUCCAGGAAUAGAACGCACUCACCAGUCAGUAGAGUGGUGCUUCAGAAACUGUUUGGAACCUACCGAGUAUAAAUACGCCGGAUUGGAAUACGCAAACGAAUGCUUCUGUGAGAAUAACGAAGUCUACGAUAAACACGGGAAAAAACCGGAGUCCGAUUGUCAAGAUAGAUGCACCGGAAACAGCGACCAGAUCUGUGGAGACAGUUGGCGCAUAUCUGUGUACAGAAUUUUAGACGGAGUAUGCAGUAACGACAUAGGACCACCCACCAACGGAGACAACGCCAUCUCCAACCUGCGUUCACUGUCUUACAAUCUCAACAAUUUCAAGUUCUUCGGGACUCGUGUAGAUUUCUCCUGUGACCCUGGAUAUACCCUCCAUGGAGCAUCAAGUAUUGAAUGUAUUGAGACUGACUACAACAACGUCACGUGGAGUGACUUAGUACCAACAUGUGAAGAACCCCAAAGUAGGACAACAGCAGUCGUGUCAUCCACAGCGCUGCCCCAAAGUGGGACAACGACGGUCGUAUCAUCCACUGUAGCAUCCCAAGGUCGGACUUCUGUGGCUGACAUCAUCAUGUCAAAUGACGUUGGAAGUAGCAAGCCCAAUAUUAGGUCUGAGAUAACAGCGGCUAAAGUGACUGCAGGGGUAUCUAGCAGCAACGAACCGUGGGAUAUUGGAGUCAUAGUUGUACCGUUGGUGGCGGGCUUCAUCGUUCUAUUUGCAGCUCUUGGCCUGUUUGUAGUUUGUAUGCGACGGCGUAAAAAGCGAGAGUUAGUGAAUCGCCACCAGCUUGUUAGAAACGACAGCAGUCCCAGGCCCCCAAACCCUCAUUCGCAACAACUGCCUCCAGAAGACCAGGCUGUAGUUUGUACAAUACAGACAGAUGAUCAACUCGAUGAUAUUCCAUUGGGUGCACUGGCCACAACGACAGCGAAUGAUUACACCCCUGGACACGAGAUCCAAGCUGCGCAUGCGGCCUACGGCAAUGUAGGCCCCAAUCUCUCUUUCACACGAUAUCUCUUAGAAAUCCAGAAAGAGAUUGGACGAGGUGCCUUUGGGAGAGUGCUGCUGGGGACCGCACUUGGGAUCAAGGAAGUUGACAAACGAACAGAGGUUGCAAUCAAAACAAUCAAAGUUCAAAUGCUCUUGUCGUGGGAUCCGGCUAACAUUUUGAUUUUGAGUGUGGUUGCCUGUAAUUUUGUUUAUUUAAUUAAAGAUCCCAUCUAUCUCAUCGUGGAGUACCUGGGUAAGGGCGACCUCAAGAAAGUUCUGAUGGGAUACAGAAUCACAGAUACUGGGACCGGCUACGGUAACAUUUCUGGGCCGAGUCAAUCACUCUCGUUGACCUUGGUCAAAUUCGCCAGGGACGUAGCCAAUGGAAUGGCAUUUUUGGAUUCGCAAAAGUGCAUCCACCGAGACCUGGCCGCCCGUAACGUACUGGUUGGUGAAGACAUGGUCUGCAAGGUGUCUGACUUUGGACUCGCUCGUGACGUCAUGAAUAUCAGAGUCUACCAGCGAGAAUCCCAGGGUCCACUACCCAUGCGGUGGAUGGCGCUGGAGUCCUUAAUUGAUGACGUGUACACAAUUAAGAGUGACGUAUGGUCUUUUGGGAUUCUGAUGUGGGAGAUCGUAACGCUUGGUGCCCGGCCAUACCCACAUAUUAUGACUACAAAAGCUCUGGUGAACCAGUUGAACAAAGGCUACCGCAUGUCCAGACCAAAAAACUGCAAGAAACAACUAUAUUCCAUCAUGCGGAGUUGCUGGCAUGAAAACCCGAGGGCAAGACCAACGUUUCAAGAUGUUGUCGAGAUUCUGAAGGCGUUGCUUAGUGAAGAAGUGGCGUGCAUAACUGUGGAAAACAUUGACGAAAGCAUCUACGCGGUCAUAGGAAUAAUGGAGGACAACGAGAAAGUCUGAAACACGAAACGGAAGGAUGUGGAUGAUAUUCUGAGAACUACAAUCAAGUUAAAAGCGCUACAUAAGGAUAUGGUCUCUGCCUACUUCGUGUGCAGAGAUCUUCAAUUAAAUAUUUAUCAAAAAAUUACGUUGAA